UUACUAGAAGGGCUAGAGGAUGGAGGCGGGCCUGACUUCUCCGCCACCGUAGGCUGGGUAGGCAGCUGGAGCAUUACCCUUACUGCGGUUCCGGCAGCUGACAGCGCUGGGAUCUGGGUAGACGGUAUGGGUUGGUCUCAGGAUUUGUUCCGCUUCUUGUGGAGGUCGCUGUCGAAGGAAGUGAAGGAGCACGUGGGCACGGACCAGUUCGGGAACAAAUACUAUUAUAUCGCGGGGUACAAGAACUGGAGAGGACAAACUAUUCGAGAGAAAAGAAUUGUAGAAGCAGCAAAAAAAAAAGAAGUAGACUAUGAACCAGGGGAUAUUCCAACAGAAUGGGAAGCUUGGAUAAGAAGAACAAGAAAGACUCCACCUACUAUGAAGGAAAUACUAAAGAAUGAAAAAUACAGAGAAGAAAUCAAAAUAAAAAGUGAAGAGUUUUAUGGAAAAGAAAAACUCCUUAGUAAAGAGACCAAUGAAGAACUCUUGACUCCACCAGUUGACACUCAAAUUAAAGGGCAUGCCUCUGCUCCAUACUUUGGAAAGGAAGAACCCUCAGUGGCUCCCAGCAGCACUGGUAAAACCUAUCAGCCAGGAUCUUGGAUGCCACAAGAUGGCAAGAGCCCCAGUCAAUGAAUGCAUCAUGGUCAAAUCUUUUCAUGUAUAUGAGUGUGACUAUUUUAACAAAUAAAAGAAAUCAAAAGUGAA